AUGGCUGUAGUCAUCCGUUUACUGGGGCUUCCUUUUAUUGCGGGGCCUGUGGAUAUUCGUCACUUCUUCACGGGAUUGACUAUUCCUGAUGGAGGAGUGCAUAUAAUUGGAGGGGAAGUUGGGGAGGCUUUUAUUAUCUUUGCAACAGAUGAAGAUGCAAGACGUGCCAUAAGUCGUUCAGGAGGGUUUAUCAAGGAUUCAUCUGUAGAGCUUUUUCUUAGUAGUAAGGCAGAAAUGCAGAAGACUAUAGAAAUGAAAAGAACUGAUCGCAUGGGAAGAGAGAGACCAGGAUCUGGGGCACCAGGGGUUGGCAGCUUAUCUAAUUUUGUUGAGGCUGUUAAAGAAGAAGCAAGUAAUUCUGGAUAUGGCUCUCCGAUUAAUCAAGAUGCUGGGUUUCAUACUAAUGGUACAGGACAAGGUGAUUUAAGGCCAAGAAAGACACGGCCAUUGAAGGCAGAGAAUCCUUACUUGUUUCUACGAGGCUUGCCUUACUUAGUUAACGAAGAUGAUGUACGUGUCUUUUUCUCUGGUUUGUGUGUGGAUGGAGUAAUUUUCUUAAAACAUCAUGAUGGCCGAAAUAAUGGUGAUGCCAUAGUAAAAUUUGCUUCAUGUAUCGAUGCUUCAGGAGGUCUUAAAUGUCAUAGAAGUUUUAUGGGUUCAAGAUUUAUUGAAGUAAUGCAAGGCUCGGAACAACAGUGGAUUGAGUUUGGAGGUAAUGCAGUUAAGGAGGGUGACAUUUCUAUGAGGACUGAAGAACAUUCUCCACCAAGAGGAAUUAAUGAUAGACAUUUUUGGAAACGAUCUCAUUCAAAAUCUCCCAGAAGAACACGUUCUCGUUCUCCUCUUGGAUUUUAUGUUCACUUAAAAAAUCUGUCCCUAAGUAUUAACAAAAGAGAUUUAAGAAAUUUCUUUAGAGAUACUGAUCUGACUAAUGAACAGAUUAGGUUUUUAUAUAAGGAUGAAAGAAGAACAAGAUAUGCCUUUGUGAUGUUCAAGACUCUGAAAGACUAUAACACUGCUCUGGGUUUACAUAAGACUGUUUUACAGUAUCGUCCAGUUCAUAUUGAUCCAGUUUCUAGAAAACAGAUGCUGAAGUUCAUUGACUGUUAUGAAAAGAAAAGACCAGCGUCAACAGAGAAAGAGAGGCUUGGACACGUUUCACAAAAAUACUCUCAAGAAGGCUAUUCAGGCCAGAAACUGUGCAUAUAUAUAAGAAAUUUUCCAUUUGAUGUUACAAAAGUUGAAGUGCAGAAGUUCUUUGCAGACUUUUCUCUUGCUGAGGAUGACAUUUACUUGCUUUAUGAUGACAAAGGAGUUGGUCUAGGAGAAGCAUUGGUGAAAUUCAGAUCAGAAGAACAGGCCAUGAAAGCUGAACGUUUAAACCGACGAAGAUUCUUGGGGACAGAGGUAUUGUUAAGGCUCAUAUCUGAGGUACAAAUGCGGGAGUUUGGUGUAAAUUUUUCUUCAAUGUCCAGUGAGAGAAUGCAUGACCAUUCACAGUCAUGUGACAGAGAUGAUCAUUCCCAUUCAUUUGACUCAAAUGAUCUACCAUUAUACUCGGUUGGCCCUUCUGAAAACUUUAGGCAUCAGCAGGAGGACUUGAGGCAACUGGACAAUUUCAAGCAUCCCCAGGGGGAUUUCCGACCUCCUGAAAGGCGCCCUCCAGAAGACUUUAGGCAUUCCCCAGAGGAUUUCAGGCACUCCCCUGAAGACUUCAGGCGCCUUCGGGAGGAACACUUCAGGCGGCCUCCUGAGGAGGACUUCAGGCGCUCUUGGGAAGAGGACUUCAGACACUCUCCGGAGGAGGAUUUCAGGCACUCUCGGGAGGAGGACUGGAGGCGGCCACCUGAGGAGGAUUUCAGGCGGCCUCCCAAGGAAGACUUCAGGAGACCCCCUGAGGAGGACUGGAGGCGGCCCCCCCAGGGAGACUUCAGGAGGCCACCUGAGGAGGAUUGGAGACGGCCUCCUGAGGAGGACUUCAGACGGCUUCCCCUCGGGGAAUGGAGGCGGCCACCUGAGGAAGACUUCAGGCGGCCCCCUGAGGAGGAUUUCAGGCGACUUCCAGAGGAAGACUUCCGGCGACCUCCUGAGGAGGACUUCAGGCGGCCCCACGAGGAGGACUUCAGGCGGUCUCCUGAGGAGGAUUUCCGGCGUUCUCCUGAGAAGGACUUCAGGCGGCCACCUGCGGAACACUUCCGGCGGCCACCCCCAGAGCAUUUCCGGAGGCCGCCCCCGGAGCACUUCCGGCGGCCACCUCAGGAGCAUUUCCGGCGGCCGCCCCCAGAGCAUUUCAGACGGCCGCCCCAGGAGCAUUUCAGACGGCCGCCUCAGGAACAUUUCAGGCGGCCAUCCCAGGAGCAUUUCAGGCGCCCCCGAGAGGAAGAUUUUAGGCACUCACUGGAUGAAGAUUUCAGGGGUCCUCCAGAUGAAGACUUUAGGCACCCUCCUGAUGAGGACUUCAGGAGUCCCCAGGAGGAAGAUUUUAGAAGCCCUUCUGAUGAGGACUUCAGGCGGCUCCCGGAGGAAGACCUCAGGGAAGCUCCAGAGGAGGACCCUAGACUUACUGACAGUUUUAGACUUCCUGGUGAGGAGUUUAGGAGCCCCCCUGAUGAUUUUAGAAGUCAUCGCCCUUUUGUGAAUUUUGGUCGCCCAGAAGGUGGCAAGUUUGAUUUUGGAAAGCGUAAUAUGGGAAGUUUUCCUGAGGGGAGAUUUAUGCCUGAUCCAAAAUUAAAUUGUAAUUCAGGUAGAGUAACACCCAUUAAGAUAAUGAAUCUUCCAUUUAAAGCUAAUGUUAAUGAAAUUCUAGACUUUUUCCAUGGUUACAGAAUCAUACCUGAUUCAGUUUCAAUACAGUAUAACGAGCAAGGAUUACCUACAGGGGAAGCCAUUGUUGCCAUGAUAAACUACAAUGAAGCUAUGGCUGCUAUUAAAGAUCUGAAUGAUAGGCCAGUUGGCCCCCGCAAAGUUAAGUUAAUUUUGCUCUAG